AUGACGACCUCGGCAGGCGUCUGGGUCGGCGACAACCCCCUCCACUUCACCUUGCCCACCCUCAUCUACCAGAUCCUUGUCGUCUUCGUCAUCUAUCAGCUGACGCACGCCGUCCUCCGCCUACUCGGCCAACCCCUCCACGUCUCUCAGAUCGUGGCGGGCAUUAUAUUAGGCCCCAACGUCCUAAGCCGAAAUAAGGCGUUCGGAAGCUCAGUCGUAGCGCCGGAACACUAUCAGGAGGUGGUCACCAUAUCCAUCACUUCCUACAUGUUGUUCUUCUUUGUGAUCGGCGUCAAGGCAGACCUUGGUGUGAUUCCCAAGGUUGGCAAGAAGGCUGUGGCCGUCGGUUUUCUAUCGACCCUGCUUCCCAUCGCAUCUGUCUCCCUCGCCACCUUGUUCUUGAAGCCCAAGAUCCCUCUCCGAUACGAACAGUCUAACUUGCUCAUCCUCUUGACCGACACAUGGUGCAUGACGUCGUAUCCUGUCCUGUCGUGCCUCCUCAGCGAGCUCAACCUCCUCACCUCCAAGCUCGGCCGCCUCGCCAUGUCGGCCACCCUCAUCACCUCCAUCUUGCACGCGUUCGCCAACGUCAUCCUGGUCACGUACCUACAGGGCGUCAACGUCGGUUCCCCGCUACGGGGGUUAACGAUGCUAGCAUCCUUCUUGGCCUUACUGGUACUCAUCCUGUUCGUCAUGAGGCCGAUCGUGCUCUGGCUCAUAAGACGGACGCCGGAGGGGGCACUUCUGGACCAGCCGAGCUUCGUGGCGGUGAUAUCCAUGGCGCUGGCGUCCGGUAUGUUGUGCCAGAUGAUCGGGUUCGACCUCACAGCGGGGCCCUUCUUCUUCGGGCUGGUACUGCCGGGGGGACCUCCGCUGGGGGCCACGCUGGCGGAGCGCAUGGACUGUUUGGUGUUGGGGAUGCUGCUGCCGUUGGGCAUGGCUUUUGCCGGAAUGAGGGCGGACCUGACAGUAUUGGCCGACGCCAGUAGCUGGUGGCUAUUCGAAACGUAUUUGUUCGUGAUCGUACUGUCCAAGUUCGUGGGGGUGAUCCUGCCAUGCCUCUACUGCAGGAUGUCGCCCCGGGAAACCAUCUCCCUUGGGCUGAUGCUGGCAACCAAGGGCAUCAAUGAAGUAUAUGCCGUCCUCGUGUGGGCGGAGCACUUCCUCGUGGGACCGGAUGAACUCAGCGUCAUCGUCGUCACCAUUAUCAUCUUGGGCAGCUCCAGCGCCCCCCUGAUCAGGUACCUGUACCGCCCGGAGGAUCGCUACGUGGCUUACAAGCGCCGCACUCUCGAGCACGCCAAGCCCGGCGACGAGCUCCGCGUCCUUGCAUGUAUCCACCUUCAGGACAACGUCAAACCCAUCAUCUCCCUCCUCGAGGCCGCCGGCCCCUCCCGCGACUCCCCCAUCUGCGCCUACCUCAUCCACCUCAUCCAGCUCGUCGGCCGGACCGAUACCGUCCUACUCCCCCACAAGUGGCAAAAGAAUUUCUCCUCCUCAGCCACUGCCCUCUCAGAGACCGACCACAUUGUCAAUGCCUUCCGGCUGUUCGAGCGGCAAUACUCGAGCGGCGUGUCGGUCCUCCCUUACUUCUGCAUCUCCCCUUACAGCACCAUGCACGACGAUAUCUGCUCCCUCGCCCUCGACAAGAAGGCCACCCUCAUCAUCCUCCCCUUCCACAAGAACGUUCUUGCCGACGGAAGCAUCAGCUUCGUCAGCCCUCCCAUCCAGGCCGUCAACGUCAACGUGCUCCGUUACGCGCCCUGCUCCGUCGGCAUCCUCGUCGACAACGGGCUAUCCGACCGCUGGGCGUUGCUUCACCGCGUGGCGGUCUACUUCCUGGGCGGUGCCGACGACCGGGAGGCGCUGGCCUGCGGCGUGCGCAUGACGAAACACGCGGCCGUCGAGCUGACGGUGGUGCGGCUCCUCCCCCCCAAGGAGUUGCGGGAGGUUGGGCCGGAGGAAAGGAUGGACGACAAGAUGGUGGAGAAGUUCCAGCAGGAGAAGCUGGACGGGAAGCGGGUGGUGUACAGGGAGGAGGUGGUGAAGGACGGGGAAGGGACGGUGGCAGUGAUCCGCGAGACGAGCCCCGAGUUCAGCCUGUUGAUCGUGGGACGGAGGGAGGGGUCGGAUUCGCGGUUGACGGCUGGGAUGUUGUUGUGGAGAGAGUACCCGGAGCUGGGGGUCAUCGGGGACCUGCUGGCGUCGACCAACUUCAGCGGGCGGGUGUCUACGCUGGUGAUUCAGAAACAGGUAAGGGUGAUGGGAGCGGCGGCGCAAGCCGCGGAGAGCCCCAAGGGCGAUUCAACUGUGAUCCAGGUAGAACCGGAAGGAUAA